AUGGAUUCCAACAGCCUCGCAAAUCGCCUUGGACCACAAGCUGGUGGUCAGGGCGCGUCCGGUCGUGGCGGCGGUCGUGGUGGCCGAGGUGGCCGCGGACGCGGUGGCGCUCGUGGACGCGGCGGUAAGGGACGCGGACGAGGCGGCAGCGCUGCAACCCAGCAGAACGUCGACCAUACUAACACCGCCAACACCGAUACCGUUGCCACGCCCGAUGAUACCCCCCUCCCCUCUGGUGCUGCUACACCCACCUGGACGCCCAAGUCCAUCGCUCCGGGCACCGACGCCGCCGUCUACUUGACCGACAACAAGUUCGCCGACCUCAAGGGCCAGAUCGACAACCGCCUCCUCUCGGCCAUCCCCUUCCCCACCAUGUCCGCCGUCCAGGCCGCCACCCUCUCCACUGCGCUUUCCGGCAGGGACGUGCUCGCUCAGGCAAAGACCGGUACCGGCAAGACGCUCGCCUUCCUCAUCCCUUCCAUCCACAAGCUGUGCGCGCUCCCCACCCCGCCACCGCAGUCGUCCAUCUCGGUGCUCGUGCUCUCCCCCACGCGCGAACUCGCUCUCCAGAUCGAGAAGGAGGCACACAUGCUGCUCGCCAACCUGCAGGGCACCUUUGGCGUACAGCACGUCGUGGGCGGAACGAACAUCGGCGCAGAGCGCAAGAGGCUCCAGCGCGACCGCAAGGAUCUGCUCAUCGCCACGCCAGGCCGUCUGCUCGACCACCUUUCCUCCGACGCGCCCGGCCUCGAUCUGCGCAAGGCGUGCCAGAACCUCAAGGUGCUCGUGCUCGACGAGGCGGACCGCAUGCUCGACAUGGGCUUCCGCAACGAGCUCGAAAAGAUCCUCAAGAUGCUUCCCGACCCGGUGGCAAGCCAGCGUCAGUCGCUCUUCUUCUCGGCGACCAUCCCGUCGUUUGUGCACGACGUGGCCAAGCUGCGUCCGGACCACGCCUUCAUCUCGACGCUCACCGAGCAGGACACCAACACGCACGAGCACGUGCCGCAGGAGUCGUACGUCUGCUCGCUCCGCGAAUGCCUUCCGCGCGCGCUCCAGGUCGUGCUGGCCGAAGCGGUUCGGUACCCGGCCAACCACAAGAUCCUCGUCUUCCUGCCUACGGCUCGCUCCACCUCGUUGGCGGCUGCGGUGUUUUCGCAGCUGAGGGGUCUGGCUGGCUCGCCGUACGCCAAGCUCGGGCAGGUGUUUGAGAUCCACUCGCGCAAGUCGCAGGCGGUGCGCACCAAGACCAUGGAGACGUUCCAGUCGAGUGCGUCGGGCAUUCUGUUUUCGUCGGACGUCACGGCGCGCGGUAUCGAUAUCCCCGGCAUCUCGCUCGUGCUCCAGCUGGGCCUGCCGAGCAAUCUGGAACAGUACAUCCACCGACUCGGUCGAACUGCACGUGCAGGCAAGGAAGGGCGUGGAGUGCUCAUCCUCGCCGACUUUGAGCGCUUCUUCCUCGGCCAGAACGACGUGAAGCGGCUGCCGAUCACGCAGCUCAACGUGGCGGCGGUCGAGGCCGAGAGCGGCGUGGCGCUGGGCGAGGUCGCCCAGCAUGUGGACAGGGUGAUGCAGGGCAUUGAUGCGACCACGAGGAGCCAGGCAUACCAAGCACAUCUCGGAUUCUACAAGGGCUAUCUCAAGCAGCUCAGGUGGAAGCCCGAGGAGCUCAUCGAUGCCACCAACGACUAUGCGAAGGAUAUCCUGCAGUGGCCUGCUCAGCACGACGGCUCGUGGGUCGGCCCGCCUCUGCUCCAAAAGACCGUCAGCUUGAUGGGGCUCAAGGGCAAACGCGGUCUGCACAUUGUAAAAGAGCUACCCGGAAAGCCUAACGGAGCCGGUCAGAAGAGACAGGGUGGCGGUCAGGGCGGCAGCCGUCCAAACAAGCGAUAG